UGGUUAAAGAAAGUGAUGUGUGACCGACAAACUUGUCCUCAUCCUGACGCACUGACCUUUUUUAGUGUGCGCAAGCUUGGAAAAGCAGGCCAGUGAACGGAGGAAGGUGGCUAAUUUUAGUUUGCCCUCCCGAGAUGAACGCUCACGAGCUAGCGUUAUCAGGAAUUAGUCUAGCAUAACACAAGCUCAGGCUACUCUUCGAUAAUGAACAAUUACAAGCAGGGAGAUGGAAGCAUUACACUUCAGGACGGGGUCUUUCGGAAAAGGAUUUGAAUUAUUUACAAAGUCGUGAUGAGUGGUACGUCCUGCAGCUGUGGCUUGAGUGGAGUCCAAGAUGUCACCGUCGUUCGACACAGUCACAGGCCUGCUCGAGCCAGACCAGAGGACCUUGAUGAUGACUUACUUCUGGGGAAGAUGAACUCGGACUGGGCCACGGGGGCCGGUCUCACCCCUUCACCCGAUGAAGGCAUUCAGGAAUUACAGGAUGAGGAGGAUGAGAAGGCCCGGCCCGUGCAGAUCCUGCUGGCCAAUGAGGACGAGCACAGCUUCGAGCUGGAUGCCUCCGCGCUGGAAAAAAUCCUGCUGCAGGAGGAUGUACGGGAUCUCAAUGUGGUGGUGGUAUCAGUGGCUGGUGCCUUCCGCAAGGGAAAAUCCUUCCUGCUGGACUUUAUGCUGCGUUACAUGUACAAUCAGCAAAAUAAGCAGUGGAUUGGAGGUGAUGACGAGCCACUGACUGGCUUCACCUGGAGAGGAGGCUGCGAGAGGGAGACCACAGGGAUUCAAGUCUGGAGUGAAGUCUUUGUGGUGAAUAAGCCGGAUGGCAGCCAGGUCGCCGUCCUCCUCGUGGACACGCAGGGAGCCUUUGACAGCCAGUCCACCAUCAAGGACUGUGCCACUGUGUUUGCCCUCAGCACAAUGACCAGUUCUGUGCAGGUGUACAAUCUCUCGCAAAAUAUUCAGGAAGACGACCUGCAGCAUCUUCAACUCUUCACAGAGUAUGGCCGUCUCGCCAUGGAAGAGAUCUACUUGAAACCUUUCCAGUCCCUCAUGUUCCUGAUUCGGGAUUGGAGUUUCCCCUAUGAGCACGAUUACGGCCUGGAGGGAGGCAACGCCUUCUUGGAGAAGCGACUUCAGGUGAAGCAGAACCAGCACGAGGAGCUGCAGAAUGUCCGCAAGCACAUCCACUCGUGCUUCUCCAACAUCGGCUGCUUCCUGCUGCCUCACCCGGGCCUCAAGGUUUCCACCAACCCCUACUUUGAUGGACGGCUGAGAGACAUUGACGGGGAUUUUAAGCGGGCGUUGUCGCGGCUGGUGCCUCUGCUGCUGAACCCCGAACGACUGGUGGUGAAAGAGAUCGGCGGCAACAAAGUCACUUGUCGAGAUCUUGUUGAGUACUUCAAGGCGUACAUAAAGAUCUAUCAAGGUGAAGAGCUGCCUCAUCCAAAGUCCAUGUUGCAGGCAACAGCCGAAGCCAACAACCUGACUGCUGUAGCAGGAGCCAAAGACAUGUACAGCAAAAACAUGGAGCAGGUGUGCGGUGGCGACAAGCCAUACAUCGCCCCCGCCGACCUGCAGCACUGCCACGACGAAUUCCGUGAGCACUCUGUACGCUACUUCCGUUCGGUAAAGAAGAUGGGCGGCGACGAGUUCUGCCAGCGCUACCAGAGCCAGCUGGAGGCCGAGCUGGACGAGGCCUUCGGCAACUUCUGCAAACACAACGACGGCAAGAACAUCUUCUACGCUGCGCGCACGCCCGCCACGCUCUUCGCCGUCAUGUUCGCCGCCUACGUGGUGUCUGGCGUGACGGGCUUUGUGGGCCUGAGCACGCUGGCGGCGCUGGCCAACCUGCUGAUGGGCCUGGCGCUCAUGUCGCUGUGCACGUGGGCGUACGUCAAGUACUCUGGAGAGUUCCGCGAAGUGGGAACCAUGAUAGACCUGGUGGCCGAGACGCUGUGGGAACAGGUUCUCAAGCCGCUCAGUGAACAUUACAUGGAAGACAGCGUGCGGCAGACGGUGGUCAACUCGCUCAAAGCCAGCCUGACCGAACCCGGCGGCGGCUCCUCUUCUUCACAGCAGCAGCAAAACACCAAGUUAAAGACACACUGAUGCACUUCCCUCCUCCUCAUCACAUCACUCUUCCUCAUGUCCUUAGAACUGUGACGAGUCGAUCAACACCAAAGCUUGCAGUGGCCUUUUGCCAAAAAACAAAACUUUUUCUUCAUUCUCAACAAUGGACGCAAACGCGUUGCCUUGAAAGCACAACUACUCCCAUCGAGGUCUUCAGGAAACAAAAUGGAGGGCGGAUGCAAGCAUUAAGAAGUGAUGACAUCACACUCUAUACGUUAAUAUGCGUUUGUAUGCUUGUGGCAUUGUCAUCAAUAGAAACUGUCAGGGCCAGCCUUUGUGUUUUGAGUUCAGAGCUUAACACUCGGAAAUAUUUUGUAGUCCUAUCCUGCAUGGCGCUAAAAUAAGAUAAAGAAGCUGGAGAAGCAUUUUCAACUGCGCUGCCUUCGAUGAUGUCGCACUUAGUACGAGAAAUGAACUACUUCUUAAUGGAAACGCUUAAUUUGCUCCCUGACUUGACAUUUUGACACGAUAAAGCCAAUUAAAAGUGACAUUGAGCAAGUUCAAGGCUUUAUUUGGCUGUUAGCUGUUCACAGGGUAAAAAUGCUUCUCUCCAUAAGUUGUAUUUUUUCCAUCCUUAAUAUCUCUUUAUGUCCCUCACUUGUUUUAUCGCUAAAGAAAAACACCUAAUUUGAAAACAUUUUGACAUGGUUAAAAAAAAAGUGAUAUUGAGCAACUAAGGCUUUUGAUGACAUCGCUUGCAGACUAAAAGGCUUGUCAUGAAGUAGUAGGUUUUUUUCCCCCCAUAUUUCAUUUUGCUCCCUGGCUGACAUUUUGACAAGUUGAUUUAAAGUGACAUUGAACAAGUUGAACACUUUAUCUGGCUGUUAGCAGGCUAAAAAGGCUUUCCUAGAGUUGUAUUUCUUCUAAGAAAAAGGUUAAGAGGCUUCAAAGGUUUUAGACCAACCACCAUUUCUCUAUUCAUAAAUGUGCUUUUAUCCACUGUAAUUAAUCAAUAAAACACUUGACAGCUAGCAACUGUAAAUUAGCAGUAUUGCCGCUGCUUUUAGUGCUUAAUUAGCCAGUAGCUGCCGUACCAUGUUAAAAGUAAGCAUUUAAAGCUUUAGUAGGCAAGAGAAAAGGCUUCUCUCCCAAAGUUUUAUUUUUGAAUAAACACUCAAUUUGCUCCCUGACUGACAUUUUGACACAUUAAAAGCAGUUCAAAUUAAGAUUAGGGAAGUCUUUAACUGGCUUUUAUCUUUGCUUGCAAGCUAAAAUGUCUCCCAAAGUGUAUACCUUGUUUUUUUGUUUUUUUUUUAAUAUAAUGAACGUUUGUAGUUAUAUGCACUGUAACUAAUUAACGAAAACGGUCAAGUUGUAAUAAAAAGUUUAAAGCUAAAUCUUGCUAAUUCAAGCUAAUUAGCCACUAGCCCCCGCCGCUCCCUUUUAUUGGACAAAACUACAGGCAUUCUGUAAUAAUUUUCACCAACAAUGGUUUGUAACAAAUUGUGUUAAAACUGUAAUCAACCAUCAUGUGACUUUUUGCCCUUUUUAAAAGUCGCACUCGUUCAAUUCUCAGGAGCCAAUAAGCUAGUAGCAGCCUCAUUGAAUCACCUCAAGCGCCAGUUUUGUCACACAUUUUAGCAUGCAUGUUGGAAUUAGAUAUUUAAAUAAACUUUGUAUACAUUUUAUAGCGAAUCAAGGCUGUUUUUGUUUGACAUAAUUUACCUUUCCCGUUGUCGUGUUGCUGCUGUAGAAGUUUGCGAAGCAGGCUUUAAACGAGGACGACAGAAAAUGUGAUUGGCUGAGUUGGGCGCAGGUGAUGAUGAUGCCUGUACACCUUUUUAAAAACAUUUACGGUAAUUUAUUUUUGAAUGAAGUGUUUACCUUAAGAAUAAAUCGUUGACUCAC